AAUUGUCAUGCUCGUCGUUAGAGCUGUGACAGCAAGAGUCAGGCCUAUUUAGGUUCUUUCGUGUAUUACUGCUACGAUGUCUGCAUUGAUCAUACACCACUUCCGCCACUCACUGUCACGACGCGCCUUACACACGACUCCAAUCCGACAUGUUGACCGUCCAACGGCGUUCACGAACAUGCUUGCAGGGGAUGUCCCGCCCCCCGUGCAAGUUAGUUCCAUAACAUCAGCAGGUAUCCAGCUCGCAGACGGGCUCGUACUUCCAUCUGCGUGCAUCUUCCUGGACGGGAAGGUCUUUUUGUGGAACGUUCCCCCGCGUCUAUGGGAGGGCUGGGGUCGCGAGCAUUUGAGCGUGUUUGAGACUGUCGUUCCGAAACCAGAAAUUUUGGUAUUUGGCACAGGGAGACGGAUGGAGCUUCCGCCGCCUAGUAUAAGGGGUUACUUGAAGGAAAUGGGAAUACAACUUGACAUUAUGGAUACGAGAAAUGCGUGCUCGACGUAUAACUUGCUCGCGGAAGAGGGCCGGCGAGUGGCUGCUGCGUUGCUUCCUUACACCCCGCGCCAAUGGCAGUCAUAAUACCGUCUGCAGUAAUAUGACCUGACUCUUGCCUCUGCAUGCCCUUCGUAGUACAUCCUUGGAAUAUAAUUUUCAGAACUUCAUGCGGUGUUAGAUGACUAUUCUGAUAGCGCCUUGCGUUUCCCUUUAUUCAUCGGAGGCUCUUCCUCAUCAUCAUCAACGAGAGAAGGCUGGGAGACUUCUACUGGCAUCAAGUUGCC